AUGCCUUAUUUAUAGAACAAGGUCAAUUAUGUGCCACGCCUAAGGACAAAAGACGAGUUAAUGAAGGAAGUAAAGUAUAAAAAGUCAUGGCGAGGCUCUGGUAAUCAAAAUGACUACUUUGAAAGACCUCCUAUAAUGAGACCAAAGAUCCUUGAUGAAUGGACAAUGAGCAGGGUGUAAAUGCCUGAAAGAGCUUACAAAAAGUUCUUCUUUUGUAAUAAUAAGCAAUAAUUAACAAUUUCAUUAGUAAAUUAAAAACCGUUUGGAUAUACACCCAGCCAUACUAGAGAAUUCGGAAAUCCCUCUGAGGAUAUACUUUCCUCACAUUAUAGAGAGGUUUUGUAGGAAUAAAAAAAGAAAUUUAUCGAUUAUGUUGAAAGGCCAUCAAAGUACAUGCCUCCUUAGACGGAGCCUCUUUGCUUAUCAAAGCAGACAAAGUUCUUUAAAACUGAUCAUUAGAAUAAAUUUUUUGGUAAUUCAUCUCAUACUACCUGGGAAAGCUUUCAAAAAACAAUCCGUUCACCAGAGUAUUAAGCCGUUUUAGGUGGAGUUCAUUAACCUGCAAAAACAAAUGGAUUUUUCGGCACAAGAUUUGAGACUAGACAUGAUCUUGAUAUGGGUCAAACUGCAAUUAAAUUCGCAAAAAGGGAAAGUUUAUCACUUGGACCUGUAGCCAGACAUGCCUAAUCAGUCAGAUAAAGUAUAGAAAAUUGA